AUGGACGCCUGGCCUGCUGGUCGUAUCCGCACUGCUAUCAAAAAGUACAAAUCUUCCACUGGGACUCGAGCAAGCAGCGAAGUUCAAGCUAAGGCACAACUUGCCCAUUUAAAAUACGAGCAUGAGUUGUUGAUGUUAGCACUGGUUGAUAAAGUGCAACUACGGAUUAUCAAGAAAGCAAUUGACGAAGUCGCACCCAAGAAGCCUUCUAGGAACCUUGACAUGUACCUAGCGUAUGCAAAAGACGCUCUAUCCUUGUCUACUGGAGCGCCCAACCCGUUUGCACCGAGUGAGAGCGAAGAUCUUGAUGAUGAAGAUGAGGAUGUUGGAGAUAUUGUUGUACCAUUACCAAAGGUUCAUAAAGUCCUUGCUCGAGAGGGCCGCGUCAAUGGAUUCAAACUGUUCCGACAUCAAUGUCAAUCAAUCUUGAUUGGAAAGUAG